AAGAGUUUAUUUUUUUUAAUUACAAGGAACGUAAAGAUUAUUUUUUUUUUAAAAAGAAAAAUCGAUGCUUCGAGGGAAAUAGAAUUUUUAUAUUUUUUACAAUUGAAAAAGAAGAGAGAAAAAAGGGGGCAAAAUGAAGGAGACGGUUUUAUCGAAUUGUGAACGUAAUUUUGUCAACAAAGCAAUUUCCUUCGAUACGCGUUUAGAUGGGAGAAAAUUUCUCGAAGCACGACCAGUGAAAAUUUAUUUUGGCUCAAAUUGGGGAAGUUGUUUUGUAACUUUAGGACGAACCAAGGUUUUCGCUCAAGUUUCAUGCGAUAUUCAAGCGCCAUUAGGAUCGCGACCAAACGAAGGCACUCUACAUAUUUAUGUAAAUUUAAGCUCCUUUAUCGCUGUGCAAUCAGAAACGUCGAAGCAAUCAGAAGUCACGGCCUUAAUAAACAGACAAAUUGAAAAAUGCAUAAAGGAUUCGAAAUGCGUGGAUUUAGAAUCACUUUGUAUUGUCGCCGACAAGAAGGUAUGGGACAUAAGAGUGGACAUAAAUAUAAUAAAUCACGACGGAAAUUUAAUUGAUUGCGCCUCCAUAGCAGCAAUCACAGCCCUUUCUCACUUUCAUCGACCCGAUGUCACUUGCGAUGGAGAGGAAGUGACGAUCCACUCAUUUUCCGAAAGAGAUCCACUGCCACUCACUAUUUAUCACUAUCCAGUCUGUGUGUCCUUCAUUGUAUUCGAAAAUGGGCACACGGUAAUUGAUCCAACGUAUUUAGAAGAAAGAGUCGGCGUCGCACAAUUAACGAUGGGCAUCAAUUCUUACAGAGAAGUUUGUUGUUUACACUUUGAUUAUUUAACCGAAACGACGUUGGCCGUUGAUGUUAUUCCCUCUGUUUCCGAUUUCGCCGCUUAUUACGCGAGUCAAUUGACUAGUUUAAUUAAAGAAGUUGUCCAAAAGGAUAUAAAAGCUAGGUAUGCAAAAUUGGAAAACGAGGGAGGUCUCACAUUUAAGGAUUGUAUAACGCAAGACAAAGUCACUGCGUUGAAAGCUGAAAAAAUAAUUAUUCAAUUGUCCGCCUGGCACACUGGAAUUAUGCCAAAAGUUCCUGUUUUGGACGAAAGUAUGGACGAGGGUGAGGAGAGUGACGACGUGAAAAUGGACUUGGACAGUGAGGAAGUAAUCGUAAAAACAGGAGAAGGAUCUGCCGAAUUAUUCGAAGAUAAGAGUAAAAUGAUCGGCAUGGGCGGUUUCAACACUUGGCAUAGUUCCGAUUCAGAGGAUGAUGAUGAUCCGGGCAUAAAGGACGUUGAAAUAGUGCAAGUGACAAAAACAAAAAAAAGAGUUCUCGAUGACAUUGAAUUAAGUGGGGACAGUGAGGAAGAAACGACAACAACGAUUUCAACCAAGGACCUGGAAUAAAAUUUGCGGUAAUUUAAAAGUAUUUUUUUUCGAAUAAAAAAAAGGUUUUUCAAAAUUUCCUAACUUGAUUUACAUAAAGAAGAAGAAGAAGACGUACAGUAGAUGAAUUUCUGCAAAUAUAUCUAUUUAUAUAACUUUUCUUUUCCCUAAUAAGUAAGUUAUAAUUAUUAUCUUACAAAUAAAAAAAUUUCUUUUACAAAAA